AGAAUAAAUGGGAGCCCAACGUCUAUAUAAACUUCUUGGUGAGUUUUUUGAAUUUCGUGAAGCAGAAAGUGGCAGAGGACACAGCAGCUGUUUACAAGUUUGAACGCCGGAUAAUGGGAAAUAUCUACUGCUCAAAGGUCUCAGAACCAGACAGUGCCUUCUUGCCCUCUUGGUAUACACAAAAGCUGUUUAACCAAGACAAGUGUGAGGAAGAAAACAGAAAAGAUGAAAGUUAAACACUGAUCAUGUUGAAAUUAUAAGUUUGACUUGCGUGUUAUGGUGUGUGUGUUUGUUUGUUUUAGUAUAAUUUGUUAUAGUCUUGGCUCCAGUUUUGAGGAUUUUGAUGUUAAAUAUAUGAACAUAUAUUUCAGAGAAUUUCUACUUUAAAUAAUAAUGCAAUUCCUUGUGAAUUAGAUAAGCUCGAAGUUUUAUCUUUAAAUAUCAAUUUCGUGUGCCUUUUAAACUGUGAUAAGAUUAUGAUAUAAUACAUAGUCAGUGUGACAUUACAGUUAAUGUGUGAUAAGAAAUGAACAUAAUAUACAGUUAAAUUUGUGCCAUUGUAAUCAGUGUGUUUAUAUAACCUGAAUAAUUUUGUUGUUUGCAUUAUAACACUAGGAUUAAUGUAAUAAUUAAUUUCAAACUGAAAUUAAUAGUGUUCUACCUUAAUAAAACCUAUGAAAGUA